AUGGGCCUGAUGCAAGUGCUGCUCACUCCUCCCACACUGCCGGGGCCUACGAUGCUUGGGUGCCAGGCGCCGAUCCCUGUCGUGGAUUAUUCCAGACACCAUUUCUCCACGAAUCAGCGGCCAUCAGCUGGUUGCUUGAGAGUACGAGCCCGCCGCAAUGCUAUUUCAAGCACGUGUUUGUUCCAGCUCCCUGGUGCAGGGCCGUCGGGUAGAUUUGACGCGGUCAGUUCGCAUCUUUCGACCGACGCCGAGAUGCUCCCGGAACCCAAUGUCACAGUCCUCGGCCAAGAUUCCGGGCAGCGGAGGAGGUUCAGCAUUAACUGCUACUCCUUCCAGCAGGAUGCAGUUGUGACUUUCAAUGGCUGGCAGUAUGCCUGCUUUUAUUCUUUCCUCGAAUCAGAGCCAUCGGGCGCUUCCCCAGAACCUCUUUAUGUCCAUCUUGCGAGGAGGCAAUUGCCCCGUGGCGAGUGGGAGGUAAUGGUGUUCGACGACUACGCGCAAACGACAGACGAUGGACACAACACGAUUCAAAUGGGCGUCUGCUCAGCAGACGGCACCAUUCAUCUUUCCUUUGACCACCAUUGUGAUGCCCUGAAAUACCGCUUCUCUGUCCCCGAUAUAACCACAUGGCCGACGGAUUUCGAAUGGAGACCUUCGCUAUUCACGCCAACCCUCAGCCACCUCCCCGGGUUGCCAAUGACGGAUCCCAAGUUCAAAGACGUGACAUACCCGCGUUUUGGGCCAUGCGGCAGCUCCAUGUUUUUCUCUUUCCGCGAUGGCAAAGCUGGGCUGGGCAACGACCACCUUUACAUGUACAUGCCCAGCAAACAACAGUUCGUCUUUGUUGGCACACAUUUGACGGGCAUCCAGAGCAACCCGUAUGUCCACGGCAUGGACUGGCGGCGCGGUAGGCUCCUACGUCACAUGGGUGUACCGCGGCUUCGUGUACUACGAAGGCUGGGACGACUCGCUGGACACCCAACAUAA